GAAAGGAGACUGGGCAUGCCUGCCAGGAGCCUUGAGGAGGAUGCUCUCUCCCAUUUACCACGGUACUGCAUCAUCUCCUAGGCUGAACCGUGUUGCUGCCAGUAUUUGCAGAUACACUGAGAUGCGUCAGAGCCCCCUGGCAGAGCUGCUGGACCGCACAGGCUGCCGCUGGGAGAUUUAGUGUGUCCCCAGAGUGCCAGGAACAGGGAAUACAGGAAUAUACACACGGGCACACGCGCGGGUGCGUGCGCGCAGCCCGGGGAGGGACCCACGGACUGGAGGAGGUAGAGCUGCAGUCAGGGCAGGAGAAGUGAGGGAGAGGAAGAGGCGGGGAGCAGAGGGACACGGGGGACUGGAGGGGACAGGCAGAGAAACCGGCACGGAGACACUUCAGAGAUGGGUGAGUUAUAACUAAGAGCAGGAAGAAAGUCAGAGAAAGCAAGAGAAGGAGAGCUGUGGGAAAGGGAAAGGAGAUCAGAGACUGAGUCAGCCUCCAGAGGGCAAACGCCAGGAGACGAGUUCAGGGAACACCCCAGCAUAACAAAAAGGACCGGUUCUGUCUGAAUCUUCACCAUGAGCACAAAGAAGAGCUGCCACCUGCCACUGGGGCAAGGAGACCAGGAGGAAAAGCAGAGUGAGGGUACUCCUGAGCUGGAGCGACAGGAGUGUGAGAUGGAGCUGAGGAACAAAGCUAUUCUGCAACAGAAGAGGCGCCUUAAACAGGCCACCCAGUUUGUGCACAAGGACUCUGCUGAUCUGCUGCCCCUGGAUGGCUUGACAAGGCUUGGCACUUCCAAGGAUCUGCAGCCACACAGUGUGGUCCAGCGGCGCCUCUUGGAAGGCAAUCUGAACAAGCUACGGGUUCAGUCUGCACGGGUUCAAUCUCCGCUGGCAAAAGACCAGGAUGAAAAGAUGGAAAAGGGAGAGAACAGGAGAAAAGAGACUUCACCCCUGCUAAUACAGUGCCAGUGCCAAGGUCAGGUAUUGAAAGCGACUGUUAACACUGGGUGUCUACCGAACCUCAUCUCCAAGAGCUGUUUAAACCAGCUAGGGCUGGAAGAAGUGUCUGCCAUGGACUGUGGAGACCUCUCUCUUCCUAUCCCCAGCGUUGUUGGCCGAGUAGAACAUAUGGAGUUGCAAUUUGGCCCGGAGACAGUGUUGUGUUCGGCACUGGUUGUAGAUGAUGAAAUGCUGGAGUUUUGCAUUGGUCUCCAGACUCUGUGGUCUCUCAAGUGUUGCAUCGACUUGGAGGACGGAGUCCUGAGAUUUAAAGCACUGAGUCAAGAGCUGCCUUUUCUACAUGCCUCUGAAGAGCCUGCUCAGUGACUGGCUGUGUUCCCCAUGUCUGGGGCUGAGGAGACUUGCUGCCAUGAAAGAGAGAUGAGGGCGAGGCUCACAUGCCCCUAACCUUGCUGAGUUCUAGGCUGAGGCAUUCACUGGGGAGUGAGAAAAAGGCAAGUGGAUGCUGGAAGCUGUUGUUACUGUGAGUGCCUCAACUUCAGAGAUGUCCCUCUUUUCAGUGGACCCUCUCGCUUGUCCCAAUAUUCCGAGUGGGCAUUUUGUUCUUGCUUUUCUAUUUGUCCCUAGUCACUCCAAUUUCUGUUUCUGUUGUAAAUUUACCCUACCCCUUUAAUGACUACAAUACCCUCCGUUCAUGAGACAAGAGAGUCUCUGUGAAAAAUCUCCAGUUGUUUUGUGGACAUUUCUCCAAAAACCUCCAAAGACUGCCAUGAAUGUUUCCCUUCUGUGAGUGGAUACCCAUCCCGUUUCUUUGUGGGAGGGGCCUUGUUCUCCUUGCCUGUACUCUGGCAAGCUGGAUUUUGUUAGUUUUUUCUGGCUCAGAGCAGAACAGAAGUAUUUUCUUGGGAAAACCCCGCAGCAAGAACAUUUUUAGAGUUCUCAAUUCUGAGAAACCUUUGCAAAAAUGCUGAGUGUAGAUGCCUAAAGUACACACAGGGGCUUGGGCUUUGUCACUGCAUCCUUGGGCACUAAGCUAUGUUAUAUGCAUGGCAAUGCUUAUCAUCUCUUGGUGUCAUACACAGUAGUCAGACUUGCAGACCCUGCUCUUCUGAUCAGGCCUUUCCUCUCUGCACUCCAGCUGCUAGAGUUACAUUCUGUUACCUCUGCUGCUUCAUCAGAGAUCCUAUUGUUCACUUUAAGUGCUGCAGUGAAUUACAGCAAAAAGUCUUCUGCUCUGUCGCCUCCUUUCUUUCAACUUGAAAUCCGGUGACUGAAUACAGAUACAUCAUCAGCCUCAAGUCCUGGCAUCACACAGUCCACCAACUUAGGUACUCUUGCACAAAACAAGAACUGGACUUCCUUGCAGUACCCGCUCAGGUCAGAGAACUGUGAACUCAUCUGGGAUGUCAAGGGUGAUUAUUAAGUCAUUUAAUAAUUGUGGUGGUUUUUUUUUUUUUUUAAUUUCCAUCCUAGAGUGUAGCUGUAUUAUUAAUCCAUGGUCUAUUCUUUACUAGCUCUAGGAAAGA